CAUAUAAGAACGGACGGGACACCAUCCUCUCCUCCGGCCUGCCAAGUAAUUACUCUCUUCAAAUUAAUAUUAACACUCUAAAAUGGGGAUAGCGGCAAUUAUUUUCGACCUAGAUAAUACUUUAAUAUGGACGAAACAAUCUGAUGCUAAUGCCUAUGUGCAGGUGACAAGAUUCAUCCAGAAAGAAAUUCCGAGCUGUGAUGCCGAAAGCGUUGUCUCACACUUCAGGAAGUUGUUGCAGUCUGCAGAAAAAGAUCCAGAAAACAAGAUUCCCAUUGAUGAAUGGAGGACCCGACUGUGGAAAACUGCACUAAACUCCAACCAGAACGAAGAGUUUGCUUCAAGAGUUUAUCAACUCUGGAAGAAACUACGGCUUGAGGGGUUGUACUUUGAUGAAGAGGUGAAGGCCCUUCUUAAGCAGUUACGUUUGAAAUAUAAAUUGCUUCUCUUGACAAAUGGAGACAGUCAAGUUCAACGAGAAAAAGUUGCUCAGAUCGGGGCUGAAGAUUUCUUUGAUGAAAUUGUUAUCAGUGGAGACCAUCCCGAACCGAAGCCACAUCCGUCUAUCUUCAAGACAUCUUGUAAAUUACUUGGUGUAGAAGCUUCACAGUGCAUCAUGGUUGGUGAUAGCCAGGAGACAGAUAUCCAGGGUGGCGUUAAUGCCAAGGUCCUUGCCACAGUGUGGAUUAAUCCUUACGGGAAACAACCAAGCUCAGACUAUGUCAAAGCGGAUUAUCAAAUCAAGUCAGUUCUAGAAGUAGACAGCAUUUUGCAACAACUUCAGCCUCCUUUGUGAUGUUUUUUUUUCUUUAUGUUCAGUUAAAGACAUUCCAAAUAUUCCAUCUCGCUAUUUAUUGCUUUUUGACAUUUCCUUUGCAUUCCUAAUUUGUGAUAACGCUCUGAAGAUUGAAGAAUGGAAAGAUGGUUAUUUUGUUAUGGAGAUUGAAGAAUUUAUUGGAAGAUUCUUGGAAGAAUAAAAUAACCUAAAGCGCACAUCCAUGCUUCUUUCAAGGUAAAAUUUAUGUUCACAUGUAGUUUCUACAUGUACCAGGCUGGGAAGCAGUUUUGACUUCUAUCGACUGGUUUUGUUAAACAGUAGUAUUUUAAUUUUACUGAAGCUAAAUACAUGUAGGUUUUAUAUUAUAAGAUGGCUAAAUAAUUUGCAGCUUGCUGAUUGGUCAAAGCGUACCACGUGAUCAUUCGCGAAAAGUGUCUAUCCCUGCACGCCCGUGCAAAUUUCGCGCACCCAAAUUGUCUAACCCACGGUAAGUGCAAUUUCAAAAUUUUUGAUAUUUGAUUUAGAUCUAUUUCAUUAUUUCUUUCUCAUAUAAGGUGCUUAAAAUUGCGAUCGAAAUUACUUAGCCAUCUUAUAAAAGGAAUAACGCAUUUUACCCGUCGUUUUUCAGUGAUAUGCAGUGCACUCGAGGUUUCUUCUUCGCAUGCACACUCCACACUCACCUCCGGCUCGUGUGGAGUGCGCAUGCUCAGAAGACACCUCUCGUGCACUGCAUA